AUGACGGGGGCGGCGGCGAGGCGGGAGGGGGUGGCGAGGCUGUGCGCGGAGAUGACGGCUGGGGCGAGCCGGGCGUCGCUGGCGGAGGCGCUCGGCGCGAGGCCGGUGCUGAUCAAGGCGCUCGAUCGCGCGGUGCGGGAUGACGACGAGAUGAUGAUGGACGCGAUCGGGAGCGCGCUGGGGAAGGCGUCGGAGAUGGCGAAGAGGGAGAGUUCGGUGGAGUUGCGGUCGGUGGCGGGGAGUCAGGUGGGCGAACGCGCGGGGGCGAAGCCGUCGACGCUCGAGGUGCGGCUUCCGGUGUCUGAUAUAGUCGUUCGAGUGCACGAGAGCGAAUGGCGCGACGCUGGGUUGGCCUGGCGCGUCUGGGGGUCGUCGCAGAUCAUGUCGAGGUGUUUAGAUGCGGCGCCCGAGCUUGUGCGAGCGCUCGACGUGUUGGAAAUCGGCGCCGGGUGCGGGCUCGCGGGGUUGACGGCGGCGCGUGUGGGCGCGAAGCGCGUGCGCAUCACCGACGGUGCGCCGGGGGCGAUAGAUGCGAUCGCGCGGAGCGUGAGCGAGCUGCCGCCCGAGUGUGCGGCGACCACAAAGGCGAUGUUUCUAGACUUUCGCGACGACGACGACAUCUUAGCGGGCGUCGUCUCGCUUGAGCAAGCCCGCGCAUCGAAUGAGGCGAGGCACUGGGUGCACGCGCGCUCCGCAGCGCACAAAUCAAUGAUUGAGUCGUGUAAACUUCCCGUCGACGACGUCUUCGACGUUGUCUUGGCGACGGAUGUUUUGUAUUCCGACGAACACGCUGCGCCGCUCGCCGCGAGUCUCACGCGACGAAUUCGGCCGGGAGGAUGCGGCUACAUUCUCAACGUGUGUCGCCACGGAGGCAUUCUCGCCGACUUUACGCACGCUCUGCUGUCUCGAGGGAUGCGGUUGCAAAUAUCCGCCAUCGAACGUUUCGACGGCGAGGACGACGUCAAGGAAUACCAAGGCGGUCAUUUGCACCGCGCCCUGCCGCCGCAAGCCGACGCCUGGUGGACGGCGAGCGCGAAAGAGCUCGUCAAGUUUGGCGCGUCCACCAUCGUCGCCGACGAAGAAGCGUCUAUCGCCAUGCUCGCUGACGUCGACCGCUCGCGCCGACGCACCGCGAUCGCGCUCACCGUAUGCCUCGCAUUGACGACUCGCCGAGCGUUCAUCGCGCACGUCGACGCCGGUGAAGUCGACCCCGCGAUCGACAUGGUGGACGAACACUCCGACAACUAUCGCUCACUCGUCUACGGCAUACGCUGCGGUGCGUGCAAGGCGGUGGUGAAAGAGAUUGGCGAUACGUUUGAUACCGUCGCGGCGAAGCAUAAGCGCGACGCGGGACCGACGAAUGUGUUCGGAUCGCGAUACGUGUCGCUGUUUCGGAGCACGCUGACGCGAGAGGUGGACGGCGUGUGCGCGGCGAACGGGGCGAUCGAACGCGAUUGGGGGUACAGCGAGAAGGGGGCGGAAAACAUUAUCGCCACAAGUCGCGUGUUCGAUCGCAUGGGGAAGAACUUGACCAAGGAGGAAUCAUCGAUGAUACAGUUGACGGUGUACGGCUUGGGACUGUUCACAAAGAAUCCGAGCGAACGAUUUCAUUAUCAAGGCCCACCGGGCAGCGAGAUCUCGGGAAGCGAUAACUUUUCGAUGAUCUCGAACACGUUUGCCAGGCAAACGUUGCGCACGGCGUGUCAAGCGGUGAGCGAUAGCUUAGAAUUCGACGACGCCAUUGACGCGGCUGUGGCCGACAUGGAGAGCGGCUUCGAUUACAGCGUGCAGCACAAACUGUGCCUCGACCUGGACUAUUGCAAAGUCAAGAAUCGUAAAUCAGGUCGGAGUGCCCCGGUGCAGCGCAUCGAACAGGACGACGGUACGGUGGCGUACGAGACGGAAGCGACGGAAGCCGACGAGGACCUCGGCGACCAAGGCGUGAGAAUCGAUCCCGAAGAGCUCGCGAAGCGAGGCGCCGCCGUCGGCGAAGAGAAAACCGAGCUGUGA